AUGGCAUUGAGCGAUCUCGUACUGGAUUUUUACGAGAUGACUAAUGCAAGUCGAGUUGACAUGAGUGAUUUCGAAUUACUUCGUGUACUUGGCACAGGAGCUUAUGGAAAAGUUUUUCUUGUGCGGAAAAUAACCGGUGCCGAUUUAGGUAAAUUAUACGCAAUGAAAGUUAUUAAGAAAGCGGCCAUUUUACAAAAAGCUAAAACAGCUGAACAUAUUAAAACCGAACGACAAGUUUUAGAAGCUAUUCGUCAGAUACCUUUUUUAGUAUCACUGCAUUAUGCAUUUCAAAGUGAUGCUAAACUUCAUCUAGUUAUGGAUUAUGUCAGUGGUGGAGAAUUGUUUACACAUCUGAAUAAAAGACAAUAUUUUACUGAACAAGAUGCAAAAAUAUACAUUGCUGAAUUAGCACUUGCUCUUGGUCAACUACAUAAAAUUGGAAUUAUUUAUCGUGAUAUUAAACUUGAGAAUAUCCUGCUGGAUAACGAUGGACAUAUUGUUCUCGCAGAUUUUGGUUUAAGCAAAGAAUUUCGACCAGAUGAUGCAGAUAAACGAACUUAUUCAUUUUGUGGUACAAUCGAAUAUAUGGCACCUGAAGUAGUGAAAGGUGGAGAUGCUGGACAUGAUUUCACGGUUGAUUGGUGGAGUCUUGGUGUACUGACUUUUGAAUUGCUAACCGGUGCAUCACCAUUUACUGUUGACGGACAGCAAAACACUCAACCAGAAAUAUCCAAACGAAUAGUGAAGAAUCAGCCGUUUAUACCGAAUCACAUCUCAAAAGUGGCCAAAGAUUUUAUUCUUAAACUUUUAGUUAAAAAUCCUAAACGUCGUUUGGGCGCUAAAGGUUUAGAAGACAUUAAACGUCAUCCAUUUUUCGGACCUGAUAUGGAUUGGGAUGCUAUCGCGCAAAAGCGUGCUCAAGCACCGAUUAAACCCAAAUUAAAAGAUGAAAUGGAUACAAGUAAUUUUGCCGAAGAAUUCACUCGCUUACCAAUCACGGAUUCACCUGGAUUGGCUCCGCCAACUGAAAGUUUAUUCCGAGGUUAUUCAUUUAUCUCACCAACUGUUCUUUUUGGUCCUGAGAAUGCUGUCAAUGAAGAUUUGUAUAACCUUCUACGUCUAACAAAUCAUCAACGACCUGAUCCUUCACAACUUCAUCGACUCAUUAAAACAAGUCCGUUCUUUCGCAACUAUGAGUUAAUCGAUCGAGAAGGUUUUCUUGGCGAAGGAAGUUAUUCAAUUUGUCGACGAUGUCGAAGUCGUCGAACUCAAGAGGAAUUUGCUGUGAAAAUCGUUUCACUUCGACAAGAAGUUGAUGCUCAGAAUGAAAUCGAACUUCUGCGUUUAUGUCAGGGUCAUCCCAACAUCGUCAGAUUACAUGAAGUUUAUUCCGAUGAGCUGCAUACGUAUAUCAUCAUGGAAUUGCUAACAGGUGGAGAACUUUUCUAUCGAAUACGUACACGAACGACGUUCUCUGAGAAAGAAGCCAGUCAAUUGAUGAGAAAACUCGUGUCUGCUGUUAAUUUCAUGCAUAGUAAUGAUCUAUGCCAUCGAGAUCUGAAACCAGAGAACCUACUGUUUUCGUCAUCGCAACCCGAUGCAGAUAUCAAAAUCAUCGAUUUUGGCUUUGCGAAGAAGCGUACGAAACACCAACAAAUGACAACGCCGUGUGGAACGCUCUUAUACACUGCACCUGAAGUUCUGCGCGCUGCGACGACAUUGAACUAUUCUCAGUCAUCAUCGAUGUCAUCAUCUUCAUCCUUCAGUAGUACAGCCACAGUUGCCAUUGUACCUUCAACUUCAACAGCAACAACAAUUACAUCUGGUUACGAUGAGUCGUGUGAUCUAUGGUCAUUGGGUGUGAUUUUAUAUACAAUGUUAAGUGGAGAAGUGCCAUUCAAUUCAAUCACAGCUCAUCGAACAGCUGAAGAAAUUGUUGAAGAUAUAACACAGUCGAAAUUAUCGUACGAUACACCAGCCUGGAAGAAUGUGUCACAAGCAGCAAAAGAUCUUGUCAAAGGUUUACUAACAGUUGACCCAUCGAAACGUUUGACAAUUAAAGAUUUAUCUCGGAACGCAUGGCUGCGUGGUUCUAGUGUAUCGACAAUGCAUGAUCAUCUGAUGACGCCCAAUGUUCUUUGCCAGGCAUCUCGAUCACUGAUUGUUCGUGCUGUCAAUGUGACGAUGCGUGCAUUUCAAAAAGCUGGUCAAUUUCAAUUAUCAUCUGUUAUCGAUGGUCUUCUUGCUCGUCGUCGUUAUACAAAACGAUCAACUGAUUCAUGUUCAUCGACAUCAAGUUCAGCAACAACAACCACAACAUCGAGUUCAGCCGUUGUUCCUACCACCAAUAUUCCCUUAUCAACCCUACCACAUACUCGUCGUUUGUGUGGAAAUGGGGUUUGCCGUUGCCGUCAUGCCCCGUGUCCACCAACAAAUGGCAUCUCGUCUGUAUCUUCAUUUGACUUCAGUGAUGAAAGACUCUCACAAUUAAUCGAUCAAUAUCCGUUAACAACAACAACAACGACUACAACGUCACCAAAACGGUAUGGAAUGACAUUACGAUCGCGGGGAACUACUGGUGUUCACCAUGAGUUUGCUUCUCCUGCUCCACUUCCACCAUUACUUCUUGUGCCUUCUUCGUCUUCCUCUUUAACCAAUACGUCUAUACCUCCUCCAACUAUUACCAAUGGUGAAAAACGUCCAUUGACAUCACCUACUCAUCAUCCAUUAGCAUCAGUCAAUAAAAAAGCGAAGAGAUCGGGUACGAUAACUAUCGAUGAUUAG